UGCAAGAUCGUCAUUCUCAUUCUAAGACAUCACAGUUCAUUUUUCCCUCAGUCAUGUCGGCGGAGAAAAUCCGAGACUUCGAUGAGAGCACGGCUUUUUUGGGAGACUAUGGCCUCUUUCAAGUUCUGAUCAUAGUUCUGCUCAGUUUAAGUGCCGUUCCGUGCGGGUACAUGGGGUUGAUCGUCGUUUUCGUCUCGGAUACGCCCGAGCACCACUGCAAAGUGUCGGUCAACUCCACGCGCAACGGCACAGAUGUUGAGAGCACGAGCAGCUGGAUCGGACCUGACAGCUGUUCACGGUACAAGUUGACCGACAACGGGACAGAGUCAGCGAUCAGCAGUGAGCGAUGUGUGGACGGAUGGGUGUUUAGCACGGAGAGAUACAGCGCUACUAUUGUGUCUGAGUGGGAUCUGGUGUGUGAAAAUGCAUGGAAGGUCCCAUUUUCCACCUCCCUAUUCUUUGUAGGUGUCCUGAUUGGAUCCUUUAUAAGUGGUCAUCUAUCAGACAGGUUUGGCAGAAAGCCGGUGUUUUUUUUCACCAUGGUCUUACAAACCGUCACAGCGUUGAUCCAGGCCACCUCCGUUAGCUGGGUGAUGUUUUGUGUCCUCAACUGUUUGAGAGGACUCAGCCAGAUAUCCAAUUAUGUCACAUCACUUGUACUGGGCUGUGAGAUGCUUGGCCAGUCUGCCCGGGUCCGCUUCACUCUGCUGGGUCACAGUGUAGGAUUUGGCCUCGGGUAUGCCUUGUUGCCGCUUGUUGCCUACUUCAUACGAGGCUGGAGGAUGCUGCUGGUUGCUAGUGCCAUCCCCAGCUUCUUAUUUCUUCCAUCAUGGUGGGUGAUUCCUGAGUCUCCACGCUGGCUUUUGCAGAAAGGUCGGUUAGAGGAGGCUGAGCGUGUCAUACGUAAUGCAGCCAAAAGGAACAGAGUCCCCGCCCCUGAGAUCAUAUUCAGAGCCGGGGACUGCUUGGAGUCGAUGCAAAACAAUGGUGAAGAGGUGCACACAUACACUUAUGUGGACCUGAUACGCACCCCUAACAUGAGGAAUAUUACAAUUCUAGGAAAUCUCAUUUGGCUCUCUGUCUCCAUGGUCUUCUAUGGUCUCUCUCUCAAUACAAGCAACCUGCAUGGAAAUGUCUACCUCAACUGCUUCCUCUCAGCAGUCAUUGACAUCGGGGCGUACGUAGCCAUGUGGGUGCUGCUGAAACGUGUGCCUCGACCCACCCUCCUCUUCAUUGCUCUGAUGUUCUGUGGCAUCCUGCUUCUGCUCCUCCAGCUGGUUCCUGAAGACAUGCCUGUCAUGUUCCAGGUGUUGGCCUUGGUGGGAAAGAUGGGCGUGUCUGGUGCGUACAGCUUCAUUUAUGUGAUUUUCACUGAACUGAUCCCAACCGUGGUCAGGAACAUGGGCUUAGGGAUGGUAUCCACAGCGGCACGCAUAGGCACCGUCAUUUGUCCUUUUGUGGUAUAUGUGGGUGUCUACAGCAAGAUCUUGCCAUACAUUAUUUUUGGCACAAUUAGCAUCAUGGCUGCUGCUGUUAGCAUGUUGCUACCAGACACCAGAAACAACAAACUUCCAGAUCUUAUCAGCCAGGCCAAACCCAUCAGAAACUUCAGCUGUCCAUAGAAAACAGCCUCAGCCCAGUCAGACACAACCAAGGGCUGUCAAUAGAUGAACAAGAGCGCCCUCUGCUGAAAGAAAAGUCCAUGGCAAGAGACGAGCAAUCACUCAAUCACCCAUCACAAAUGUUAGAGAGAAUUUUUAUUUGAACAGCAUGGAAAGCAUGGAACAGAUGAAACAUUGUUUUCUUUAAUGUCAUCAUAAAAAAUAUUAACAAAAAAUUCAUACAAAAAAUAGGUACCUAGAUUUUACAACUUGGCUAUGGUUUCUUGUUGAAAAACUAAAAUUGUUAAGUGUUUCUCUGAACUUGCUUGAAUGAAAAUAAA